CCUAAAUUCAACCAUUAUGAAUAGAAAAAACUCAUUCCUCAUCCUCUAUCACAUUGCGAAUCUCAUGGCCGGUUGGUAUACCUUUAAAAAAAAAAGGUCCAUCAAACUUUUUUAGGAAAAUAACAUUUUCCUAAAAAACACCUCAAACACGGUGCAAGCUGGUUUGCUAGUUACUUCCAAAGGCUACUAAACUUGCAGGCAGGAUCGAAGAAGUGUCCCUCCCACCACAACAUGUUCCCGCCGAGGCUCUAAUUUGAGGUUUCAUUCUCGAAGCCAGAGAGGAUGCGCAUUUUCCGACACUGCUUCCGGCGACUUGGCCUUACUCUCCACUCUUCAUCCACUCUCCAUCCAAACACUCCCCUAUUCUCCACUCUCAAUUAUCCCUAUGCAGGAACUGCCACUGAAUGUAGAGAAUUGACCUGGCAAGAAAAACCAGAACAGCUAGCUCCAAAUGCAUACCCUCUUCAUAUUAUGCGUGAACUCAACUCUCAAUUGCAGCAACUAGUGAAACAGGGCCAACUUCGUGAAGCGAGGGAGAUGUUUGAUAAAAUGCCUCACAGAGAUGAGGUUUCAUGGACCAAUUUAAUAAAGGGAUAUGUCAAUGCCUCGGACUCCAAUGAAGCGUUGAACUUGUUCUCAAGUAUGUGGACCCAUCAUCCUGGAGUUCAAAAAGAUCAAUUCGUGGUUAGUGUAGCGCUCAAGGCUUGCGCACGUGGCAUGAAUGUGUGUUUUGGAGAAUUGUUGCAUGGCUUUUCAGUGAAAUCUUGUUUGGUAAACUCAGUAUUUGUCAGCAGUGCCCUGGUCGACAUGUAUAUGAAAGUAGGCAAAAUAGGACAAGGUUGUAGAGUCUUUGAAGGAAUGGCAAUAAGAAAUGUAGUAUCAUGGACUGCCGUCAUUGUGGGGCUUGUACAGGCUGGAUAUAGUAUGGAGGGAUUAUCGUACUUCUCUGAAAUGUGGAGAUCAAAAGUUGACUAUGAUUCAUACACAUUUGCCAUUGCACUAAAAGCAUCUGCCGAUUCAAGUUCGUUACAUGAUGGGAAGGCCAUACACGCACAAACAAUAAAACAAGGGUUCAAUGAAAGCAUGUUCAUUAUUAAUAGCCUUGCUACCAUGUAUAGUAAAUGUGGGAAACCAGACUAUGUCAUUCAGUUUUUUGAAAAAAUGAGGGAGCCAGAUGUAGUUUCAUGGACAAACCUUAUAACAACUUAUGAACAGAGGGGUGAAGAGGAAAGUGCAGUGGGAGCGUUUAAAAGAAUGAGGAAAUCUGAUGUCAAUCCUAAUGAAUACACUUUUGCAGCUGUAAUUACUGCCUGUGCAAAUCUUGCUAUCAUUGAGUGGGGGGAGCAGAUACAUGGCCAUGUAUUGCGUCUAGGUUUUGUAGAUUACUUGUCGGUGGCAAAUUCCUUGAUUAAGUUUUAUUCAAAUUGUGGGCUAUUAGCGCCAGCUUCGGUAGUGUUUCAUGGGUUGACUGGAAAAGAUAUUAUUUCUUGGAGUACUAUAAUUUCUGUUUAUUCUCAAGCGGGACAUGCAAAAGAAGUUUUCAACUAUCUUUCAUGGAUGAGAAGGGAAGGGCCGAAACCAAAUGAAUUUGCUCUUUCUAGUGUGCUAAGUGUUUGUGGGAGCAUGGCACUUCUUGAGCAAGGGAAGCAGGUGCAUGCUCAUGUCCUGUGCAUGGGCGUAGAUCAUGAAGCAAGGGUUCAUAGUUCUCUAAUUAGUAUGUACUCAAAAUGUGGAAGUCUACAUGAGGCUUCAAAAAUCUUUGAUGAGAUAAAAAACAAUGAUACUGUAUCAUGGUCAGCAAUGAUUAAUGGGUAUGCCGAACAUGGCUAUAGCCAAGAGGCCAUUAGUUUGUUUGAAAAUUUUUGCAGUGUUGGUUUAGUGCCAGACUCUGUAACGUUCAUUGAGGUUUUGACAGCUUGUAGCCAUGUUGGAUUGGUUGAUCUUGGUUUCUACUACUUUAAGUUAAUGACUAAUGAGUACCGGAUCAGUCCAUCAAAAGAGCACUAUGGUUGCAUGAUUGAUCUUCUAUGCAGAGCAGGGCGUUUGAGUGAAGCUGAGCAUAUGAUUCAAAGCAUGCCAUUCCAUAGUGAUGAUGUUAUCUGGUCUACCUUACUAAGAGCGUGCAGGGUUCAUGGGGAUGUUGAGCGUGGAAGAUGGACAGCAGAACAGAUACUUCGCCUGGAUCCGAAUUCUGCUGGAACUCAUAUCACUCUGGCUAACAUAUAUUCUGCCAGGGGGAGAUGGAGGGAAGCUGCACAUAUAAGGAUGUUAAUGAAGUCAAAGGGAGUCAUAAAGGAGCCAGGGUGGUCUUCGGUUAAUGUAAAUGAUCAAUUAAAUGCAUUUUUUUCUGGGGAUCAGUCUCAUCCACAAAGUGAACAUAUCACAGACGCUUUGGAAUUAAUAGGUGCAAGUAUAGGACAUGCUAGGAUGGAGACAGGUUUUCUUCUAGAAGAUGUUGAAGAUUAGCAGAAGACUAUAUUCUAACUCACUAUGGCAGUGCUUGGGCAAAGUUAUUUUUAUAUGAGUUUCCAUGGUACAUAUAUUUCAAAUGAUUAUUUGGAACUGGUUUCCUAACUCUUAUAAUUUGAAAACAUCUAGCUUGAUAUGGGUUCUCUUGAACUGAGCUAGACAUCAUUCAGAAGGCUGCAAUUUUUUUUUGAUGAAACAAAUGAAUAUACACAUCGUUUCCAUUGAUGCAAAAUCUCUAGAGUCUAGACCACUCAAAUGAAUUUUAUUGUUGAAUAUGUUGUAUAGCUAAGUUAGAAUUUAUUGAAAUAUUUUUUCUUCUGAAUUUAUUGUACUAGAGAUGAGGGUUUUUUCCCCCUCUUUCUUCUGCACGCCCUCUUCAACCAUAUGUGAGAUCAGUUCUCUAUGAAAUGUUCCAUUAUCUUGGUGGCAUCUGUUCUAUGUAUUUAUUUCAAGUGGCUUCCUUCUAAAGUUAAGUAGUAUUUUCCAUUGUUAAGCAUGAUUUUGUAUUUUUCUGCUAUAUUUUGCCAACAAUCAUGCAUGUGUCUGGCAAUUACUGAUUAUUUUUUCUGACUAUGCAGAAAGGUCGUGCAAAUGCAGUUAUUUUUUUGUUGGUAUUGUUAUCUGUUUAGCUGGUCAUUAUGAAUGUUACAGAUGAGUCUGAUAAUAUCUACAGACUCUGGGCUAAAGACAAUCUCUUUGGAGGAUGGUUCAGUAGAUAGUUAAUCAAUGGGCUAAAGACUCCAGUUUUUGGGAUUGCAGUCUCUGAAUAUAGCUGCAACCAGCUGAUGCUGUGAUAAAUUAUCUUGCUGUCACCAUGUAGAAGGAUGCUUCCUCACCGUGUAGGGGGAGAUGUUGAAUAAAAUAAAAGCAGCCAGCGAGCAGAAAUUUACUAUGUAUCAACAAUGCGGUCAAAUAUGUUUGAUAUAUGGCACAUGGGGUGGUAAGGACCAUUAUGUAGCUCGACGUGAUGCUUUGUAGAAUAUGACAAACAAGACAGUGUUGCCCAGUAGUCAAUCAAAAGAUUCCAAUGCUGUGAAGGGACGUAGCAAGAAUCGAAGUGGAAAAACAGAAAUGAUUGAUUUAAGAACACUUCUGGUCCUUUGUCAACUAGCUGUUGCCGCAGAUGACUAUAGGAAUGCACAUGAGUUGCUAAAGAAAAUCAGGCAUCACUUAAAUGCUUUUGCGGAUGGAAAUCAGAGGUUGGCUCAUAUCUUUGCAGAUGGUCUUGAGGGGCAAUUGGCUGGCUCCGGAAGCCAAAUAUGUAAAGGACUUGUUAGCAAAAGAACAUUAGCUGCUGAUAUUCUAAAAGCCUAUAAUCUAUUCCUUCCUGCGUGCCCUUUUAGGAAAAUUCCAAUUUUAUCUCGUGUCACAAUAAGGAUAACAUCUUCAGCACAUUCGAUGACAUUCCAUGUUAUAGAUGCUGGUAUCCUUUAUGUUUUUUAGUGCCAUUGAUCAUUAGUAGUUUGUAGUUUGAGGUUGUAAUCCAAAUAUAAUCAAUUAUAAUGAAGGGCAUGUAAUAAGAA